UUUUCUUUGAAGGGCAGCUCAAUUAAACUUUAAUUUGCAACUCUCUCUCUCUCUCUCUCUCGUUUUCCUUCUAUCUCCCCUCAUCCCUAACCCUACCUCACCAAUCAGGAUUCAACAUGAAGGGAGGUAAAUCCAAGUCAGAUGCUAAGAGUGGCAGGCUCGCAGUGAACAGGAAAUCAACCGCCAAAGCUGGAAAGAAAGCGGGGAAGGCAGCCAAGGAUCCAAACAAGCCGAAGAGGCCUGCUAGUGCCUUCUUCGUUUUCAUGGAGGAGUUCCGAGUGCAAUACAAAAAGGAACACCCUAAAAACAAAUCUGUUGCCGCUGUCGGCAAAGCCGGUGGAGAUAAAUGGAAGAGCUUGUCUGAUGCUGAAAAAGUACCUUAUAUAGCAAAGGCAGAGAAGCGAAAGGCUGAGUAUGAAAAGAACAUGAAAGCCUACAAUAAGAGACAGGAUGAAGGUCCCCAAGAAGAAGAAGAACAAGAUGCUGAGUCUGAGAAGUCAAUGUCCGAGGUGAACGACGAGGAUGAUGAAGAGAGCAGCGGAGAGGAAGAAGAUGAUGAUUAGGAAGGAAGGAAGGAAAGAUCGAGGGAGGAGAUUUAGCAUAAUCAAUAUAGGCUGGUAAUAGUUGUUUGAUCAUAAUCUUAUUAUGGUAUUGCUUUUGAUGCUUCCCUGUUUCCUUUUAGAUGGGCAUUCCUGGCAUCUAAAGGGGGAAAUGUACCUCUAAAUCCCGUUAGUUCCUUUCAACAUUUGAGACAUCUAUAGUUGUAGAGGGUGGAAGAUUUACCUAUUGCUAUAUAUACGCACUCUAUUUUAUAAUAUAAUAUUGAUUUUGAAGUUGAA